CUAAAGCAGAUAAGAAGCAAAAACAAAAGAGGCUGCUCCACACUAAGGAGGAAAACUGUGCGAAAAAAGAGAAGCCAAAGCUAUUUGUCUUUCUUUCCUUUUCUUCUUCUUCUUUGUUUUAGUUCCCCGUUGAAGAAAAAUGGAGGGUGUUUUGCAGUGGUUGAAGCUUGUAGCCAUAUCUUUCAUGGUGUUAGUUUUGGUGUUAAAAGUGUUGGUGUUGCUUUGGUGGAGACCGAAGAGGAUCGAAGAUCAUUUCUCAAGGCAGGGGAUAAGAGGACCUCCUUACCAUUUCUUCAUUGGAAAUGUUAAGGAGCUUGUGGGCAUGAUGUUAAAGGCUUCUUCUCAACCCAUGCCUCUCUCCCAUAACAUUCUCCCCAGAGUUCUCUCUUUCUACCAUCAUUGGAGGAAAAUCUAUGGUGCAGCGUUUCUGGUCUGGUUUGGUCCUACAGUUCGCCUCACAGUGGCUGACCCGGAUCUCAUAAGGGAAAUCUUCACUUCCAAGUCUGAUUUCUAUGAAAAGAAUGAAGCCCACCCUCUUAUAAAACAGGUCGAAGGUGAAGGCCUACUUAGUCUCAAAGGCGAAAAAUGGGCUCAUCAUCGAAAAAUCAUCACCCCCACAUUCCAUAUGGAGAAUCUCAGAUUGCUAGUUCCAUUGGUGGCACAAAGAGUAACCGAUAUGCUCGACAAAUGGUUGGCAAUGUCGACCAGCUCCGGUGAGAUUGAAAUCGAAGUUUGCGAAUGGUUUCAAACACUCACCGAAGAUGUCCUUACACGUACAGCGUUCGGGACCAGUUAUGAAGAUGGAAAGGCCAUUUUUCGACUACAAGCCCAACAAAUGGUGCUGGCAGCCGAGGCAUUUCAAAAAGUUUUCAUCCCCGGUUAUAGAUUUUUACCGACCAAAAGGAACAUAAGCUUUUGGAAAUUGGAUAGGGAGAUUAAAAAGUCAUUGAUGAAGCUAAUCGAACGACGGAAAGAGAAGUUGGGG